AUGUCCGUUCCCCUGGUCUCUGUUCCAUCUGCGGAUGACCCUACUACCCCUCCAUUGCCAUCGUCGCCAUCGCCUUUCUCAAAAUCACAAGCCCUCCCCCCUUCUACAUCAUCUAGCACCGUUCAUAUAUCCCAUGCUCCAUUAUUAGCCCCUCCUUCAUAUCUAUCGCCCGCUGUUCGUGCGCUAAAACAAGGAUUAUGUGUACUAACACCUCCUAGCAAUGCUCGGACAAGAGCGCCUUUCAAACCGCGCUCUGCGGCCAAAGGGACGACCAGUUACCAGUUGAGACAGUUUGCGGAGGCGACACUUGGGAGUGGAAGUCUGCGGAAGGCUGUGAAGCUUCCCGAGGGGGAGGAUGUCAAUGAGUGGCUAGCUGUUAAUGUGGUCGACUUUUACAACCAGAUCAAUCUUCUUUACGGAGCGAUCACCGAGUUUUGCUCGCCGCAGACAUGCCCAGAGAUGAAAGCGACCGAUGAGUUCGAGUACCUCUGGCAGGACUCGGAGAACUAUAAGCGUCCCACGAAGAUGUCUGCGCCCGAAUAUAUCGAGCAUCUCAUGAGCUGGGUGCAGGGAAACAUUGACAACGAGCAGAUGUUCCCCAGUCGAUUAGGUGUUCCCUUUCCAAAGGCAUUCUCCAGUCUUGUCCGUCAGAUCUUCAAGCGAAUGUACCGCGUAUAUGCUCACAUCUACUGCCACCACUACCCUGUGAUCGUCCAUCUGGGCCUUGAGCCACACCUCAACACCAGCUUCAAGCACUACGUCCUCUUCAUCGAUGAGCAUCGGCUGGCGAGCGGGAAGGAUUUCUGGGGACCUUUGGGGGAUCUAGUGGAUAGCAUGCUGCGAAGCGAUUGA